AUGAGUCUACCACCACCAGGGGAUAACCAGGCAUACUGCACGGUUUCUGUGCUCGACGCAGGGUUUGUCGACGUGCCUAUGGCACAAAUCAUCGACACCGCACCUUCGGAAGAGAUAUUCCGCUUCCCCUGUCUCGUCUUCCUCCUCAAGCACUCCUCCCGUCCCGACACAUUCGUCUUCGACCUAGGCGUCCGCAAGGACUGGGAGACCGCGUUGGCGCCUUCGCUCGUGGCCAUGAUCAAGAAGUGGUAUGGCGUGGACGUCCCGCAGGACGUGGUCGAUUCCCUGAAGAAAGGCGGGCUCGAGCCGGCGGAUGUGACACACGUCUGCAUCUCCCACGUCCACUUCGACCACCUCGACCACCAAGGCGACCCGCGGGUCUUCACGAACGCGACCGUAAUCGCCGGGGACGGUAGUCGCGCCCUCCUGAUGCCCGGCUACCCCGCCAACCCAAACGCACACUUCCAUAGCGACCUCUUUCCUGAAGGCCGCACGCGUUUCGUCUCUCCGGACAACCCGGACAUGGUGUGCAUCGGCCCGUUCGCGAAGGCGCUCGACUACUACGGCGACGGCAGUCUGUACAUCGUCGACGCGCCCGGACACCUCCCUGGUCAUCUCUCGCUCCUCGCGCGCACGUCUGCGGAUGGCGGGUGGGUCUUUAUGGCUGGGGAUGCGGCCCACGACUGGCGGCUCCUCACCGGCGAGGCCAGCAUGGCGGACGGCCCUCAUUUCGGCUGCGCGCAUAGGGACAAGGAGACGGCUGCGAAGAUGGUGGCACAGAUUAGAGCCCUUGCGGAACAGCCGAGGGUCAGGGUGAUGCUGUCGCAUGACGUACCGUGGUAUGAGAAGAAUCAAGGCGGAGGUGCAUUCUGGCCCGGGAGAAAGAGAGAGAAGUUCUCUGUAUAUUCUGGCCCGGGAGCCUGA